AUGCACAAUUUAUCGGAAAUUCUAAAUGACAUUACUAACUCUGUGCCCGUUGAUGUGGUAGUAACUCCACCACCCUUUACUGAGCUACAAAACCCUGUCGCAUGUUUGACUCUGACCUACCCUCUCUUAUUUCGGGCUAUACGAUACCGGCAACGAAUCGAGACCCUAAUCUACGCCUAUUAUGUCGGCUUAAUAUUCACCCAUAGCACCCCUGCACAACGGAGGGCCUUGCAGAACUUAAUCACCAAGCACUACUACCUCACUUCCAUAAAGGUCUACGACGUAUUUUCCAUGUGUGGUGAACCAGCUCAAAUUUACCAGACCAAUACAUUGAAGUUUGGUGAUCUUCGACAGCUCAAAACUGAGGAAAUGGGCCAGUUGAUCGAAGAUCUACACUCCCUCGUAGAACUCGGAUUUUAG